CUUAUACCAGUGUUUCCAGCAGGCUUUUUAACCGUAUCUGUCCUCAUUCCUUUUGUAGUCCUAGCUACGGGGUGAGUUGUUUCCUGUUUUGGGAAUUUGGUGCUCUUAAUUUACUUCACUUGGACAGCACCUAACACACUGUAAUUGUCUAAUGUAACACAUGGAGGGGUAUGCAAGAUGACUUUUAUUUCACCUUUUUGUCAAACGUGCAUACACUACUGUGUGAUCGCCUAUUUUCUAAACAGAACAUUGCAUAGCUUUUCCCUUUUUGUGCUUCUCCUGAACACAGCAGGCUGUGUGCACAGUCAUUGUUUGUGUCUGUUCUUUCUGCCAUCCUCCUGUCCACCCUCUCGACACAGUGCAGUAUCUCUCUCUGUCUGGUUAGCUGACUCACUGUUUCUGUCUCUUCAGUCUCUUUGCGCACAUGAUUUUUACCUCCUUCGCACACCUUUUGCUGCACCCUUCUCGGUAAUGUAUAAUUUUGCUAUAAAGGAGAAGAGUCGUCCUGAAUUACUCAACAGUAUCAACAGUGUGUUUAGAUUUUUUUUUUUUUUGGUGGGGGGGGUGAUAAAGUAAAUUCAGGCUGCAGAAGUCAUUUCUAAGCCACCUGCUAACAACAAAAGUUUGCUGCUCAUCUAUUCUUUUCCUUUUUCUUGGGAGCAGCACCUCCUUGGCCUCUCAUGUGUCAGCUAAACAAGUGAUGCUAUGUUUAUCCCUACACACUCCAUUUAGCUCUGCAUGUCGCAGCUUGUUAUAGCCUUAUAUGCUGCAAACUACUUAUUGUUUCAUCAUAUGUAAUGUUCAAGCCAGGAAACUACAAAGGAGAAUAAUUCGGUAUCCUUUAGUCUGGUUUGUUGGUGGCAUUUUGUGCUAAAAUUCCAGCUGUUGUUAAUAGUAAUCUCUAUAAUAUUACCACUAUCAACACAAAAUAGCCCAGUAUCUGCACUUGUACUGUGUGUGUGUGUGUGUGUGUGUGUGUGUGUGUGUGUGUGGCAGCGCUGCUUCUCAGCUGCUAGACUACAAAACCCUUCUCCCCCUUUCAUGGCCCCUUGGUUGAGGUCCAGUGAUGAUCUAUUUCAGUAAAGUAUGUUGAGCCAUACAUUAGUUCUGUUCAGUAAUGCAGCCAGUAUUCUUCAAUAAGAUGGUGCUGCAGUGUACUCUCGUGUGACAGAAGUACUAAUCAGCCACACCCUAAGCACACAGACGUCCUUUCACAGAAACACAGCUGGUAGCUGACCUCCACAUUUACCAAAGUAGUAAGUUCAUGGUUGUCCUUUUUUCCCUUUCCCCCACUCUCACAUGAGCGCAUGAGGUGCAUGGCACAGUUGUCGGAGUGAACAGAACAGAUUCUACAUUUUCAUGAUCAUGUUAAGACUACAUUCAUAUGGCUCUGUUUUAUUUCAAUGUGUUUUUAUGUGGAUACCAAUUAUUGACAAGUACACAAGUUUUAUAAAGGUCUCAAUAGAUCUACAACAAAUGACUCUGCAGUUGUGAAGAAACUAUUGUCUUCAAGCAUAAGCGCUAAGCUGGUGAUGCUACCACAUGCUGGAUAUUUCAGUCUUGCCUUUGCCAAGCAGAAAGUCCUGAGCUAAUUUGGUCUCACUGUUCCUGGUGCUGUUGCUAGCAUGCUAGCUAGCAAAGAUGUUCUAUUAAUAGCUGCUAAGGCAGUAUCUGCAUCGCAGCAGAUGUGUUUACAGACAGGCAGGCAGGCACAGGGAGCACUAGCUAAUACAGCCUCUGAUUAGAUCCAGUUUUUUUUUUUUUUUUAACCUCAGCACAUGGCAUGAGUGUGUGCAUGUGAGCAUGCAGACAAGAUUUACCCUAGCAGGUAAGGCAGUGCUGCCUACUGGUAGCACUUUCUGCUGCUAAGCUAGACAUAAGAGGGAUGCUUACACAAGUAAUGAUGGGGUAGAUAAAAGCAUCACAUUCGACACUCGUGGCUACAGGGUUUCGCUAUUAUCUGGCAAAUGACUCUGCUGUCAGCAGGAAAUGAAGUAAUUAUUACUGCUAAAACAUGGGUUUUCAGUGCUGUUCGUGUGUUUUUCAGCAAAAUUGUGUAAAAAGCUGAAAUUUGUGACACUUUCUGGAGAGCUGGAGCUUGUGCAAAGAGAGCGUAUUCAAACUUGUGUGGCUCUAAAAUAGCACAGUACAGCGGCGGCCUUAGUGGAGGAUGGUCUCAAAGUGACCUUCUUAUUUAUUUGGUUUUUCUAAAGGUCUUCAAAAAUUGCUGGUUAUUGCUAGUUCUUUGAAUCACCAUCAAAGGGAAAGAGGAAGUGCUUCCCUUCUGUAAAAACAAGAAGGACCCAAAUGUUUUAUCAAACAUCAUAAUUUACUUGCUAAAUGGAGGUAAGUUGCCCCGGAAGACCUCAGAAGACCACCUAUGAGGGCCUCUGACUCAGCUACAGCGGCAGCUGAGUAUGUUUUCUUCUACUCUUUUUGAAAUUGUUAAAUUUGUGCUAAGUUAGGUGAAUUGAGCAGUCAUGACCAAAGCUUUGGCAGCAGUUUGCUGGUGGUGUUAAUUUCCCAGCUGUUUCGUCUGUCUACAUAUCGCUGUGGUGUCUCAUUGGCCGACUCUCCUCUUGUCUUCACCUCCCACACAUACAGUCCCUUCUCCAUAUUAUUCCUGUGUGCCGGCCCUCCCUGUGCUGCCUCUGUCUGUAGGUAGGUAGGGCUAUAAAAGGGAGCAGAGUAGGUGAUGUACUCCACCCAAAUCACUGUACUGACCUGAAAAAUGUGACCUGAGAAAUAUUCUUCUUAUCCCCCCCUGCCGCCGCCGCACACUCUUGUUCUUCUUGCAUCCUCAUUGCGGUGUCACUCCACCUUCCUUUUUUUUUUUGUUUUUGUUUUUUUGUUUUUAAAACCACCUCCUUCCUGACUCACAUGGUUAUGUCUGAUUCAUUCAGAUGGAAGCUUGUUUCCACCACUGGGGAAAAAUAUCCCUGACACUAGCUCACUCAAAAUCGUGUAGUGGACAGCAUCAGUCAGCUUUCAGUGUAUAGUAAACACGAACAAAGUACUAUUCAUGUUGGCGAGUAACGCAAGGAUUUCAUCAUUUCUUAAACCACAUUGAAAGUACUCAGCACUUUGCAUAUUCGUGCCUGCCAGCUGUAGCACUGGCAGCUGAUGCCAUCCACCUCCUGCUUCCGAGUAACAAAGCAAUGACGUACCUUUAAAAAAGCUUCCUGAUUUUUCUCUAAAUUUUGACUUAUGCUUCUCAAAAUUUUGAGUUAAUAACUCAAAGUUUAGGAUUAUGGAUGCAAUCAUUUUUUUUCUUUUCCAGUUGCUUAAACUAGCUUCCCUGCAUUCUCCUCUUCCUCAACACAAAAUAGUUUUCCUACCCGUCACAUUCGGCUGCCACCUCUCUCCUUUGCCUCACCGGCCAUCUCAUCCUUAUCCACAAACCUGUUACCAAGGCAACUACACAGCACGAUGGGAAACAUCAGUGCCACACACCACAUCAGAGUUCACUUUACUGUCUGGUUGUUAUUUAAUUAAAGUGACAGAAAAUCUGCGUAGCUGACUCGUUGCAGUGAUGACAGUGUUUUACACCACAGUGACAGAAUACUGAAGAAUACUCUUCCUGCACUGUAGGCUUUUUUUAAAGCAUGGUAGAAACCAUAAGAUUUGGUUUUCACAGAGAGAUGAAUUUAUUACCCCUUAAGAAUCCAUCCACUCUAAAUAUAAUCCAAAAGCUUGCAUUAGUCAUAUAAAUGAGGAAGUGUGGUAGAAUGACGAGUCUCCUGAGAUUGCGCCAAGUGGGUUAUCAUGAUUUCAGUGAGGAAAUGAAGCUCUCUGGUAUUGGCACGCUCUGUGUGCUACAGACUGUUUAACUAUGAAGUGUUUGUAAUUCUGGAGAUUAAACAUUAAGUGUAUGGCGACUGUAAUAAGCGCUGGACUGGGCCUAGCUGUGAGAGAAAGGAUUAGCUCAGCAUGUAGCCGCACAUCAUCAUGCAAGCUGCAACGUGUGGCCAGUGAGCACAACGGGAGGAAAGAAGCUGAGUUUCCUCUUGAUUUGUUGGGUUUUUUUUUUGUUUUUUGUUUUUUUGUUUUUUUUCGGUGUCGCUAACAGGACAAGACUUCCUGUUCUGUUCACAGAUGUUUGUUUAUGAACACGGAUAAAUAAAGUGGCCAUAUAAAACAACUACAUCACCAUCAGGCUAUAGCCAGAGGUUUGCAUUCCAGCAUCCUUUUGAUUUCCACACAGCUUGUUUACUUUUGUGCAACCAGACAGUACAAACAUGAUUCAGGUCAGUAGAACCGUCUAACGCUGGACUGGACACAAACGGGAAUCAAACCAUUGCCAAAAGAUGAUUGAUAUUCAUACACGCUGUACAUAUAAAUAUUAUUCAUUUAUUAUAUAAAUUGCAUAGUAAUGCAUUUCAAUUCUCAAACUAUACACAUUAGAUCAAUCCUCUUAUGAACAUGCAUAUCAUAAAGUAUUGAUUAACAUUAAAGGUCUGCCUGGUGUAGAGGACUGAGUGAUGGCUAGAAGGCGCCAGUAGGAGUAACACAGCAUAUUUAGUAUGUUGUCUAAGACCCCACAGCUGCUGAUACAGACCUGACGGAGACACUCGGUCUGAGCGAUGACUUUACUUCUACAUGCACUACAUGAACUUUCAACGCAUCAUAUAUCUGUCAUUCUGUUGUGUGACAACAGGAAAUGAAAUUGUAUACAUGAGAAAAGAUUUGUGAAUUUGGCUGUAGUUGUGAAGCAAAUGGAUAUAAAUUGCUAACAGAGACAGCUGAACUGCACUAAAGCACAUGAAGCCAAAUGAACAUGGAGAAAUCUGUGGCUGUCUGUUUGACGAAAAUGCUUCUUAAUGCCUGCGCAAUUUGUGGUCUUGCUUCAGCAUUUAAUUUUUCCUUAUAGCUCUGACCUGUGUAUGAACAGUUGGAGCUAACACUUUAGCUGCAUCAGUCCUGCUAGGACACAACAGCAUGGGCAUCAUCAGCUGAAGUAUUUAACAGGUCUUCUGUGACAAUUAGACAUCACACGACCCUUUUUUGAUAUUUUACCAGUCAUUAGGUUUGUCAUGAAGCCCACCACACACACAAAAAGAACUAGAUGCCCUUCCUGAUUUAUGCCUCCCAGAGAUUUGACUCCUCCCAGUGUUGAGUCUAUGAAUAUUUCAGGUGAUGGGUGAAUGUGUAAACGCUACACUAUGGCGCUAAAGCAAAACCAAAAACUACACCUUGAAUAACAGGAAAGUAAACGUCUUAAUUUGGGAACAACGUUAGCAACUUGGCUCAACAGUCAACAUAUGCUGUGGUGUAUAUAACAGUCAUAUAGCAUGUUGAUAACACUUUUUCUUUUACUGUAAAGUUAAAGGGGGAAAAAUUGCUUUAAUUUUGGUAUAUUUUCAUUGACAUGUUUUUUAACAAAUUGCAUGCUCUGCAACCAGCAUCAACAUCGUGAUGUUUGUCCUUCAUGUCCGUUGUCUUGUCUGUUUCUUCCACCUUCUCAGUGACCUGUUUUGACUCCGAUGUAGAGUAAGAGCUGCCAACAAAGGGAGGGCUAGACAAUUAGUCAUAUUUAUCUUUUAACUAAGGCUUUGUGGUAUGGUAAAAUAUGAUCUGCUUAUGGCUUUAUCAUAACCAUCCUCCUCUCUUGUCAGAAAUGAGUCGCCAGACUGCCACCGCGCUGCCCACAGGAACAUCUAAGUGCCCUCCCUCUCAGCGUGUGCCCACCCUUUCAGGCACCACAGCCUCCAACAGUGACCUGGCGAGCCUGUUUGAGUGUCCUGUCUGCUUCGACUAUGUCCUCCCCCCAAUCCUCCAGUGCCAGUCCGGACACCUGGUGUGCUCCAACUGCCGGCCUAAGCUCACUUGUUGCCCCACCUGCCGAGGUCCCCUGGGUUCCAUCAGGAACCUGGCCAUGGAGAAGGUGGCCAACUCUGUCCUUUUCCCCUGCAAGUAUGCCUCAUCAGGCUGCGAAGUCACCUUGCCUCAUACCGACAAGACCGAGCACGAAGAGCUUUGUGAGUUUCGGCCGUAUUCCUGCCCCUGCCCCGGCGCCUCUUGCAAGUGGCAGGGAUCAUUGGAUGCAGUCAUGCCUCACCUGAUGCACCAGCACAAGUCCAUCACCACACUGCAGGGGGAGGACAUCGUGUUCCUGGCCACAGAUAUCAACCUGCCUGGUGCGGUGGACUGGGUAAUGAUGCAGUCGUGCUUCGGCUUCCACUUCAUGCUUGUGUUGGAGAAGCAGGAGAAGUACGACGGACACCAGCAGUUCUUUGCCAUCGUGCAGCUCAUUGGGACUCGCAAGCAGGCCGAGAACUUCGCCUACCGACUGGAGCUCAAUGGGCACCGGCGUCGUCUGACCUGGGAGGCCACGCCACGCUCCAUCCACGAGGGCAUCGCCACAGCUAUCAUGAACAGCGACUGCCUGGUGUUCGACACAUCCAUCGCACAGCUGUUUGCUGAGAACGGCAACCUGGGAAUCAACGUCACCAUCUCCAUGUGCUAAAAACUUUGAAGAGAAGAGGAUUUAAAAAAACAAAACAAGUUACAUAUUGUCAGGGGGCAUUUUUUUUUUUCUUUGUUUUCUUUUUUUAUUAGAGGGGAGACCUCACAGUGCCCCACCCCUCUCUGCCUCACUCCUUCAGACAUGGAUUUGGACUGUCUCAUUAGGCAGCCAUGGAGGCCCGGGGGGGGGGAGUGAAAUGGAUGGCUGAAUGUUUGGAUGGAUGAGGAAAUGAAACAAAAUAACAUAACUGUGUAGUGACGGCUAUAGACUUGUAAACACAUUACGUGAGACCCGUGCGCCCACGCGGGGCCUCGCCCUCUGUUGGUCAUAAACGCGGACACAAACUGUCAAACUCCUUUCCUGGCCACGUGUCCCCUGUCUUGGAGUGAUUUCUCACCGCUCAUUUUAGUGUCCCUGAUUCUCACUCUCUCUCUCACACACACACACACACACACACACACACACACACACACACACACACACACACGUAUGAUCAAUCAACACACACACAUUUCAGACACUACGGCUCUUCGUGAGCGGAACGUGGAAGGGGCUCCGGUCCCUGACUUGAAGGAUCAAGCUAUAGUUCAAAACGGACUCCUGGUCAGUGCUGGAGGGCUUGCAAGACAGCUAGCACCUCCUGUUUGUAAUCCACCUCAGUACCCCUCAAGUCCCCCCACACUUUCCCUCACUUGGAAUGGAACGGUUCCCACGCUCCCCACCCUCGCAGGGCUAUGGCUGUGGCUGCUAUUGACUAUUUCAAACUGGAACCCUGAGUCCCUAAAAAUCUUUAUCUAAAAUGUGUAUCUUCACCUGUGACUGGGGAUCAUCACUCACAGACAUGGAUCGCUGUAGCACCCCAAUCCCCAAGUAACGUCCAGGAAAAGAAGCUUGGAUCUGUCUAAAGGGUCCCGGGAUUACUACAACUGCGCGAGCUCGUUUUGCUUCCUUCUGCUCCACACCGGUUCCUCCCCCCAAAGCUAAAGAUUGCGCAUCGGAUGCUUGUUAUUAAAUUGUUGACUGUCAUCAUCAAUUAUUAAACUUUGCUGUCAUACUGGUUGGAUGUAAGAAGGCCCUCAGCUACGUCAGCCCUGGAGUUUUACUUUUUUUUUUUUUUUUCCCUUCUAAUUUUGAAGUUUUAUUUUCAAAGUGGACACAUCAACGGCUUUCUGACAUGCCAAACGCACAUUGCUCUUUGCAUUACAGGCUCUGUGUGCAGGUGUAAUAAAUUGACCUAGGAACAAAGGGGUCCUUUUUUGUUUUUUUGUUUGUUUCUUUUUAGAACAAGGAGGAAAAAACCUAAACACUGCAUUUCAGAUGGAAGAAUUAUUAUUUCUCAAGUCUAUUUCUUUGGAACUAUUAGUGGGUGGUUUUUUUUUUUUUUUUUUUUUUGUGUGUGUGUGUGUGUGUGUGUGUGUGUGUGUGUGUGUGUGUGUAUGCGCGCACUGUCUUUGCUGAAAACCUGCUCAUUUUCUCGCGUCUCUUUCGUUUGUGCUCGGCCUCGUUUCUCUCUGUCUGCCAGUGUCGGCCUCACCGAUUGACUGAUCACCCAACAAGGAAAGAGGGACAGUUUCUACCGUUACAAUGUUGCUAUUGUUAUUAUUACAUGGAGAUUAUGACAAUUAUCGGUUUUUGUAUUGAAUUUUAAAAACAAACAUUAAAAGGCAAUUGUAAAAGUUGUGGCUAAACUUCAGUGUUUGUAGUUUAAGAGGAAAAAAAACAAGUUGUCGUUCUUCUGAAGGUUUCUUUUCUUCCAGAGUUGGGUUGCUUUAUUUUAUUUCCUCUUCAUUUAUUUGUCCCGCUGUCCUCUCAUUUGUGUGGUAAGUCUUCCCCCUCGAGCCCUUUUGUUUUUUGUUCAAGGAUUGAGGGAGUUCAAGCCAAUCAUCUCUCCAUUUCUCCUCAUGUGGAGUCUCAGUAAUGUUGCUGCUCUCCCUGAAGUCCUCCACUUCUUCUGUUUUAAUUUGUCAUUAAAUAAAUCUAUCUUUUUCAUA